GGAAUAUAAAGUCCUGCUAUGGAAUCAUCAUCUAGAUAUAGGCCGCAACAAUGUCGUUCUCAACACAGGAUCAGAUAUUUUUGUUUUUCAUGAUUUUGAUAGAAUUAUGCCAAGACAACAGUCAAACAGAGGCUAGAUCAAACUAUGGGUAUCCUUUUGAAUCCAUGACAACUGAGCAAUGGCAGUCCACGACUGAGGUCAGUCCAAAUGGAUCUACAAAUUGGGAAGGGUUCUUAGGGCUGUUGGUUCUUAUAGCGCUGGGUGUAGGUAUUUGGUGGUGCUGCUGUAAAAGUCAGAGUAGAAAACAACCUGGAAUCGUCUUUACACCGGUUAAUACUGUCGGGAGAUAUCCACCAGUACCAGGUAACAGCGUUAUUUAUGGAAUGCAAGGACAACAAAACUUUCCGACGGCCAUAAACCAUAUUGAAAUGCCAGGGCGACAAAACUAUACAACACAAAUGAGCUAUGCUGAAAACCAAGGCCGACAGAACUUUAACACACCUUUUAUAAAGGUUGACAUUCCUAGUCAAAUUAACUGUCCAGUGUCAAAUAACGAUAUUAAAACUCAGGUCCGAAAUAAGGAUGUUCAAAUACCUUAUCAAAAGAAAGAAGUUGAAAUCCAGGUCCAAAACAACACUGUUGACCUUCAUAGCCGAGAUAAUGAGUUUGACCGACGCAAUGACAAGGAAAUCCCGGGCCGACGAAAAGUUUUAGCACAGAACAUUGACGGUGAAAUACAAGGCCGGCACAAAGUAUCAACACAGUACAGCGACGGCGAAAUACCCGGUCGACACAAAAGAUCAAAGCAGGUGGAAAUUGAAAUGUCAGAACUCUAAAACUGAGGUGCAUAUAGUGUUUCAAAGAUAUUACGAUUCGUGAAAAUAUUUUACGAGUGUGCAUCGAUAAAUUCGUAAACUAAAUCAAUAGCGGGAAAUUAUUAAAUUCAAGUAUUAAAAUGAUUACUCCUUCUCAAAGUAACGUCCCAUGCACGAUUUGCACUUGUCCCAUCUCUCGACCCAUGACUCGAACACGUGUUGUAGCCCGUCACGUGACAUCUCCCGCAGCUGUUUGUCCACGGCACACCUCAGUUCCUCUCUUGAUUCAAAUUUCGUACCACGAAAGCUGUUUUUUUUAAGUUGAAAACAGCCAGAAGUCUCAUAUUGCUAGGUCCGGGCUGUCGGGUGGGUGCGGUAACAGUUCGACGCCGAGUUUUUCUAGUGUAUCCAUGUCAACAUGGCUUGAAUGGCUCGGCGCGUUGUCGUGAUGUAAUAUAAAUCCAGACCUAAGUAGAUGUUGGCGCUUUCUCCUUAUUGCGCCAUGAGUACCUUUCUUAGUAAUGUUGCAUAAUAGUUCCCAGUGACUGUCGUUUUCGGAGGAACAAAGUGGUUUAGCACUACACCGUAUGUAUCACAGAAUAUAAUGGCCAUAACCUUCCCGGCUGACUUGGAAAUUAUCGCUUUUGUAGAAGAAAGCGAGGAAGGAUGCUUCCAGACAGAACUCUGACGUUUGCUUUCCGGUUCAAAAAAGUGAAUCCAAGUUUCAUCACUUGUUAUCACUCGAUUUAGAAACUUCACCAUACCUCUUGUCGUACUGCUGACACAUUUUCGUCUUUACCGCCAUUUGCUCCGACGUCAACAAACAAAGCACCCUGGUGCUGAAACGCGGCGCAUUCCUAAUCUAUCGGUCAUAAUUUCCUGAGCUGGACCAUAUGAAAUAGCGAACUUAUCUGCUUAUGUUACUUACUCGUCUAUCUCGGAGUAUGUACUCCUGAAUGGCAGCCACUGUUUCUUCAUCUGUUACAGUCACUGGCCGACUGUCAACUUCAGUUGCCUCUCUACCGUCUUUAAACUACAACUUCAACGGGGUUACUCGACAAUAUCCACCAGGUAGACAUCGACGUCGAAGGGGGCGAAGACUGUACAUCGGUGUAGAGUGGCGUGUUCCGACAUCAAUUUUUAAAUCUAUGUUACACAAUUGUAUCGCAGCUGUCCCAUGACAAACCGGUGUUCCACAAUACACUCUAAACAGCUAUUAAAAAGUUUACUACUUUAUACAUGAGAGUCACAACUGCCCAUACUCUAAGUAGUUGAAGACUGGGCCAUUGUAUUUUAUUUAUCAGUUCAGUUGCACUAGAAGGAUUGUGUAGGUUAUACGGUCUAUUAAAUACCCCUCUCGCUGCGUCUCCUUGGAUUUGUUCUAUCUGUUUAACUUUGUUUUGUAAAGGAUUCCAUAUCGGAGAAGCGUGUUCAAGUUUAGGUCUGACCAAACUAAUGUAAGCUUUUUCCCGACCAUUUUUCAAGUUUACUAAGAUCUUCCUGAAGAGCUAUGUGGUCACUAUGAUUACUUAUUGGCCGAUAUAACACACAAUCAUCAGCGAAUAAACGUAUAUUUGAUGUAAUAUUAUCUGCGAUGUCAUUUAUAUAGAUUAAAACGAGUGUUGGGCCGAGGACUGUUCCUUGCGGUAAACCAGAUGUUACCGAGGCUAUAUCAGAUGAUGCGUUGUCCAGUACUACUUGUUGUGUUCUAUUAGAUAAAAAUGAAUCAAUCCAACGCAAUAUAGUAAAAUACCGGAAAUGAAAUCUUCAGAAUAUCGGAUAAGACUUUCCGAGUUUUGUGUAAAACUUUAUAACGAUGUGCUGUUCGUUGACGCUGUGUGACGCCAUUUCGAACGGACGCCCGUAACGUGACGUCAUUUACGGUUUAUGACGUCAUAAGCGAUGACAUACAACGAUUCAAUUUGAAAUAAUCUGUUUACACAGCAUUUAUAGUUUCAUUUUAAACGGACCAGUAGUUUUUAAGCUAUUGAAUUAGUUUACGAAUUUAUUGAUGCACUCUCGUAAAGUAAAGCUUGCAGAUUUGCAGAACUAUUUUAAAUGUUCAGGUUUGAAUAGAGAAAAGACUAGCGGAUAUUCAUUAAUGAGUUGAGCGAUUCUUGACACGAAAUUCAGUGAAGAAAAUAUGGAGGGGAAUGUUAAGAACUGUCAUUGAAUUCUUUAUUCAAUGGUCAGUUUUCAUUUUUGUUAGUUUUAUGCACUUUUAAUUGCAAAUCAUACUGAAUAAUAUGUACAAGUACUUUAAAAAAAA